CACCCCAUUCAAUUCCACAUCUCCACUCAAUAAAAGGCACAAAUCCGUCAGCCUGUUGACGCUUCCCCGUAUGCUCAGCCCCGGUGCUUGUGCAGGGACCGCGCUUCCGGACAGAAAAAUUCCCACCCUGAAAAUCAGGGUAAAUCUGUGUUUUCACAGUUCCGUGUUUCUGUGCGUGUGACGGCUUCAGGGUUCAGAUCAGAGGAAAAAAAAAAAAAAAAAAAGAAUAGAAAAAAGAGGAAAAAGCAUUUAUCCUGGAAUAGUAGAAUAGAAAAACGAGGAAGGAGGAAGGAGGAAGAGUUAAUACCGAUCAAUUGGUUAUUUGGUUUGAAGGAUGGAAGAAGAAGGAGGGUUGGGUGGAACUGGUAGCUUAGGGAAACUGAGCAAGAAGUUGGCGGAGAAGGCGGUGGAGGUGGACUACAAGACCAAGGCGGGCACAGCUUGGAGCCACUCCUAUCUCAACCAGAAGCCCUGGCACCCUCUCUCCUAUCCCAACCAACGUCGCAAAUGGAUCGCCGAGCAGACCGACGCCCAACGCAACCGUCGUGCAGAGGAAAUUGCCAGAGAGUUUGCUCAGGAGCAGGACUUCUUCCGACAGACUGCUCUCGUCUCCAAGAAAGAGAAGGAGAAGGUGGAGACGAUGAAAGCUGUGAGCUUCAUGUAUGUUCGCCCUCCGGGUUACAAUGCAGAAAGUGCAAAAGCAGCAGAGAUUGCAGAUGAGAGGAGGAGGCUGGAACAAGAUAAUAGCCCUCCAGACUCUACAGCUGGUGCUCCCCCUGCAAUGGUUCCAGAAACCAUGCAGGGUAAGGGUCAUUCAAAUGGGGAUAGGAAGAAGCCAAGGCCAAAAGAUGUCUUUGGUCGUGCUUUACCGACAGAAGAAGAAUUCGAAGUCUUGAAAAAUGCUCCACGGUAUAUCUAUUUCUUUUGUACCAUUUUCCAUUUCUUUUUGUAUUGGAAAUGUACUUUUAGAUUAUUAGAUAUCAAAGUUCAAACAUGGUCACUGUUGUGAUUCUCAAAGGAUUUUUAAUAACAGUGUGUUGAAAAAGAA